GCCAUCCGGCAUUGUCUCUUUAACUCAUGGUGGACACACAAGAUCUUGUGAAGGAGGGGCUCAGCAAACGUUUGCCUCCCAGCACACUAAAUGACAAGCGUCAGUCAGAUUUGUCAAAGGUCAUGACCGAAAGAGCAAAUGUUAUAUCACGCGUACGUGAUGCUAUGGCGGAAGUACAAUAUGCUCAGAAACUCAUGCUGACACGCAUGGACGUAGAAGCACGCAUGAACCCAAAGAAAAUGAUUAUAUACUAGUCAGUACCAAGAACAUGGCUGACGCUGCCGUCUCAAGUCUCCGGACUUCCCAGGUCCUUCCCGGCAUUUCAGACUCUUAGAUUUUGCCGGGAAUGCAUAUACAUUGGGCUUCGUAUCCGUCCAACGCUUCGUGUCGGCUUGCUCAAGCCGUACCUGAGCAACUCCCCAUAUCGUACGGAUUGUACCAACAAUGUUGGUUGUAAUCCGGCGACGGAAAUCGUGAACGAAGACGAACGCGUCGUUGAAACAUAAGCGUCGAACCACUUUUGCCACAGCACUCUGAUGUUGACAAACUUUGUCACGAAGACAUCAAUUCUCCGCUUAGGGCGGAGCAGCUUCUGUCCACAGAGUGAAGACUGCGACGUGAACGCUCACCCUCACAUGGAGAAUUUCAGCCCAAAGUGGUUUCGUCGCCUUUGACAUUUGAUGACCCAUAUUCGCGGUCACGUUCGCGUUCGCAUUUGCAUGCGAGAAGGCUAC